GAGACAACAUCAAUCUGAUCACUGACCGAGCUGUGUGCGCGCAAUGGCAUCGGAGGAACUAGCAAGAAAGCUCCAGCGCAGACUGGACGUUCAGUGCGAAUCCAGUGAAUCAGUAUUACCGGCGAAUAAAACAGCCGAGGAACCGCGGGAGAAAGCAACCGUUGUUAACGGUGACGCCACAUCGGAACUCACGGCGAAAUUGAACCGCAGGCUGGACAUUCAUGAGGGCACAGCGAAGCCAGUGCAGACGAAGGUUUUCAACCCUUAUACCGAGUUCAAAGAAUUCUCCCGUAAACAGAUCAAAGAUAUGGAGAAGAUGUUUAAAAGGUUUGACUCAGGUAAAGACGGUUUCAUUGAUCUGAUGGAGCUGAAGCUGAUGAUGGAAAAGCUGGGAGCUCCGCAGACACACCUGGGCCUGAAAAACAUGAUCAAAGAGGUGGACGAGGACUACGACGGCAAACUCAGCUUCAGAGAGUUCCUGUUGAUAUUCCGGCGGGCUGCGGCUGGGGAGCUGCAGGAGGAGAGUGGUCUGAUGGCGCUGGCUCGACUCUCUGAGAUCGAUGUGUCCACACAGGGCGUGCUCGGCGCAAGGGAUUUCUUUGAGGCCAAGGUGCAGGCCCUGUCUGUGGGCAGUAAAUUUGAGGCGGAGAUUCGUGAGGAGCAGGAGGAGAGAAAGCGACAGGAGCUGGAGAGAAAACAACGUCGCGCCGCCUUCAAAGAGCUUCAGUCUGUGUUCUGUUCUUAA